GGAAAUGCUAGAUUUAGUGAUAUCACCCAGCCUGACUGUAAAUAGAGAGUGCCCCGACAGACUGAAGCUCAACCUUUCUAACGCCUAUGCCGCGGCUCCAGAUGACAUAGAAGGUAACAGCAAAGCAGCAGCACAGUGUCCUCUCCAUCUGUACUCCACAAAACAUUAUCCCCAUAUAGUGACGGUGCCACCCUUCCCAGCCAUGGCAGCGUACGGGCAGACUCAGUACAGCGCAGGACUCCAGCAAGCAGCUGCCUACACGGCCUACCCUCCUCCGGGGCAGCCCUAUGGGAUUCCCUCCUACAGCAUCAAAACGGAAGAGGGCCUGAGCCACUCCCCGGGCCAGAGCGGCUUCCUUGGCUACGGCUCCGGUUUUGGCACGCCGGCGGCCGGCCAGGCCCCCUACACCUACCAGGUGCACGGCACAACAGGGAUUUACCAAGGAGCCAAUGGCCUGGCAAACUCGGCAGGAUUCGGCGCUGUGCAUCAGGAAUACUCCUCCUACCCAAGCUUUCCGCAGAGCCAGUACUCUCAGUAUUACAGCUCUUCCUACAGCUCUCCCUACGUGUCGGCGAACAGCAUCAGCCCGUCAGCCAUCCCCACGUCCGCUUACUCGCUGCAGGACUCGUCCCACACCAUCACCAGCCAGAGCACAGAAUCGCUCUCUGGGGAGUACGCGACGACGCCAGCCAAGGAGGCGGAAGCGGAGCGGCACCAGCGCGGGGCGGACGGCAAGGUGCGGACGCGCUCCAAAAGGAGCACCGACCCCUGCCCUCCCGCCGACAGCGAGAUCGAGCGUGUGUUUGUGUGGGACUUGGAUGAGACGAUAAUUAUUUUUCACUCCUUACUCACGGGAACCUUUGCAUCCAGAUACGGGAAGGACACUACAACGUCUGUGCGGAUAGGCCUUAUGAUGGAAGAAAUGAUCUUCAACCUUGCAGAUACGCAUCUGUUCUUUAAUGACCUGGAGGACUGUGACCAGAUCCACAUCGAUGAUGUGUCGUCAGAUGACAACGGACAGGAUCUGAGCACGUACAACUUCUCCGCGGACGGUUUCCACAGCUCCACGGCCAGCGCCAACCUGUGCCUGGGCUCGGGCGUUCACGGGGGAGUCGACUGGAUGAGGAAGUUGGCGUUCCGCUACCGCCGCGUCAAGGAGAUGUACAACACCUACAAAAACAACGUGGGCGGUUUAAUAGGUGCUCCGAAGAGGGAAACCUGGCUGCAGCUGAGAGCAGAGCUCGAAGCGCUGACUGAUCUCUGGCUCACACAUGCUCUGAAGGCUCUGAAUUUGAUACAUUCCCGGUCUAACUGUGUGAAUGUGUUGGUCACCACAACGCAGCUUAUACCAGCUCUUGCGAAAGUGCUUCUCUAUGGACUGGGCACUGUCUUCCCCAUUGAAAAUAUUUACAGCGCAACAAAAACAGGCAAAGAGAGCUGUUUUGAAAGAAUAAUGCAAAGGUUUGGAAGAAAAGCCGUGUAUAUUGUAAUAGGAGAUGGUGUUGAAGAGGAACAGGGAGCAAAAAAGCACAACAUGCCCUUCUGGAGAAUCUCGUGUCACGCUGACCUGGAAGCGCUUCGGCACGCCCUGGAACUUGAAUACUUGUAGCUGACCCAAACACCUUAGCACUGUGAGGGCUUCACUCGAAACCAGCACGUCGGUUCCACCUAUUCCGCGGCAUUUCCUUA